UGUUUAUCGGAUAGCAUCUCUCUCGCUCCAACAACGAACUCAAAAGUCUCAAAACUUUCACCUAAAACCCUACAAAUAAUUUGUGUCCUCCGCCUCACACUCCAUUUCUUCUUCCUCCCUUCGAUCCCUCUGCAAAACUCACUGCCAUGGAGUUGUCGGGAAUCACCUUAGGCGCUUCUUCAUCCACAUUCCAUUUCCCUAAAACCGCCCAGAAACCUCACGCCCUAUCCCGCUGCCGCCUUUCCGCACCUUGCAGCAAUAACAACAAGAGGUUCACCGUCAGAGCUUCCGCUACUUCUGAUCGGAAUCCGUUGAUCGCGACUCUUAAAUCCGCAGGAGUCGCGGCUGUUUUCGCCGCCGUCACGUUCGGGAAGUUCCCGUCAAUGCCGCCGCUCGCGAGAGCCGAACCGGCUGUCGUGGAAGAGCAGCGAGAGGUUGUUAAGGAAUUGGAGGAGAAAGAGGAAGAUUCGCCGCUGACUCAGUUCCUGGAAUCCAGUCCGGAGGCAGUUGAAUCCCUGAAAGCACUCCUCCAGGAGAAGGUGGAGGCCGGGGAGGACGAAGAGAGCCUCGAAUUGCUUCACAAAUUGGCCGCCGCCCAGCCGGAGAACACGGAGUGGAAAUUCAUGACGGCCAGGCUGUACCACAAGAUGGGCAAGGUCCAGGAAUCUAGAGCCGUUUUCGAGGAGGUUUUGUCCGGCAAUCCGCUCUCAUUCGAGGCCUUGUUUGAGAAUGCAUUGUUAAUGGACAGGAGUGGAGAGGGGGAGAAGGUGCUUGAGAGGUUAGAGGAAGCACUGAAGGUGGCUGAGGAGGAGAGCAGGGCCAAGGAAGCUAGGGAUGUUAAGUUGAUUAUGGCACAGAUGAAGUUCUUGCAGAAGAAUGUGGAGGGGGCAUUGAGGAGCUAUGAUGAACUUGUGAGUGAGGACCCUAGUGAUUUUAGGCCAUACUUCUGUAAAGGGGUGAUUUACAGUUUGCUUGAUAGGAAUGAAGAGGCUAGAGAGCAAUUCGCCAAGUAUCGCGAGCUUUCUCCCAAGAAAUUUGAGGUGGAAGGGUACUUGAGGUCUCCAUUGUCGCGGAUGAAGCUUUUCGGGAUGGAUGAGGAUAGGAAAUGAAUCUCCAUUUGAGCACCAUUGCAGCGAUAGGGUAAGAAGAAGGCUUAUAUAGAUAGUUAAUAACUUGGCAUAGUCCUAAAGAUCAACUUUUGAUUGCUUGAAUAUGAGUAAGAGUUUUUAUAAGAAAGUGAUAGAUACUAUCAUCGGAAAAUGAUACUUACUUGAAUGAAUGUGUCUCAUUUUAAAAUGUACUUGGAUGAAUCCUGCAUUUCUGACAAUAAAUGUUAUUAACUCAAUCAUGUCUGUCUAUUUGGAUAAUUCUUCCAUUGAGGUUAAGAACUCUUCAAAUUUUCUUGGAUUA